UAUGUGAGUUGCUUUUGCACUUUCUGGCACAGUGUGUGUUGGCUGAUUCCAGACCAGUGAAUGAUCUGAAUUCUUUUAAGAGCUCCAAAUGAAAAUAGUAAUGUGUAGAACAAUGGCAUUUCUCUUUUACCAUCAGCUGGUGAUGCUUGUAGCAUCGUAGUGUCCUGUAGCAUCGUUGCCCUUGUGUUCUAAACCCAUGGAUAAGAAUUCCAUUUUCUUAUGGUUUGUGUAGUGACAAAUGUACAGACAGGGCUUGCUCUGAAGCAUAUAUAUGCUGCACAGUCUUUGAGAACAACCAUUUCGAAGUUAGUGGGUUGAAGACGGAUGGACAAACUCCAGCCAUAGGGGAGAAAAGGGAGGUGAAGGACUUAGCGUAGUUCUGUGGUGCGAGGCAAGGACCCGAAGCAGAGCAGCAUUUGUGAGCCAUGCCUCUGCUGGUGCUGCCUGAAUGCACUGUAAGGGAGAAGGGCUACCUUCUUUUUCUCCCACGGGAAAGCAGCUGGUGGGAAGGUGAAGCAAGCAAGCGCUGGAAAAUCCCCCGCUGCGUGCCUCGCAGUCUCACAGAGGCUUGAGGUAACACACGGCUUGGUUUACAGCCUCUGUGGGAUAUUGGGAAAUCUGACAAAGACAGUGCUGCCCACUGACUCUGGGGGGAAACAGGAAGUAACAAAGGAAACAAGUCAUUGCCUAGGCGUCCCUUUUGGCCACGCUGCAGAGCAGAUGUACAAGCAGUCGGGGCACAGCUCCUCCUUUGUGUGCGCAGUAGUUAUCGCCACCGCUCCCAGCCUUUUUAUACACAAAAAGAAGGGAAGCACAGCGAUGUUCCUGCCAUGCCUGAGAGGGGCUAUCAGCUGCUAAUGGCUUUGUCCUCGCAAAGGAAACUAUCUUACAGUGAAAGCGUCAGCAGGAAAACUAUGUGUCGAUCAGGCGCAAUGACAAGGAAGAUGGCCUCAGAGGAACAGGUCUGGCCGGUCCCAAUGAAGGCAAUUGGAGCACAAAACCUUUUGACGAUGCCUGGAGGAGUGACCAAAUCCGGCUAUCUUCAUAAAAAGGGAGGCACUCAGUUGCAGAUCUUGAAGUGGCCACUGAGAUUUGUGAUUAUCCAUGAGGGAUGCAUUUACUACUUUAAGACCAGCACGUCAGCAUCUCCACAGGGUGCAUUUUCUUUGAAUGGUUACAACAGGGUUAUGCGGGCGGCUGAAGAGACGACAUCAAGCAAUGUGUUUCCUUUCAAGUUAGUUCACAUUAGCAAGAAGCACAGGACGUGGUUUUUUUCUGCUUCUUCUGAAGAUGAAAGAAAGAAUUGGAUGCUAUCCCUGAGGAGGGAAAUCGAUCACUACCAUGAUAAGAAAGAAACAGUAACAGAAUUCAGUGACUCUGGUUCUGAUGCAGACAGUUUCUAUGGCUCAGUUGAACGUCCCAUUGAUAUCAAGUAUUCUCAUCAUUCAGCAGAUAAUGAAGAUUAUGACCAGGAGGAAGACGAUGAGUCCUACUUGCAGCCAGAUACUUCUGACAUAGUGAAAGAUGAUAUCAUGGUCCUGCCCCCAGCCUACCCACCUCCACCGGUCCCUCAUGUCAGAAAAGUUGCCUACUCGGAGUCAAGGUCACAUUCCUUUAGUGGAAAAACUGCUGGGUCAGCAGCACCACCACCACCUCCAAAAAGGAGCUUACCUGAGAUCAAGACAGAGGACUUCUUCAGUGUGAGAGAGCCCCAGUUACCGUGCCGAGCUGAACCUAACCUAAAGAUUCAGUCCUCCAGCCGGAGACCAAGUGAGCAGCUGCCUCCUGUGCCCCCUUUACCUCUUUUCAAAAAGCCUUUUAGUGUCAAAGAACCUUCCUCACUGCCUCCAGAACCUCUGCCUCUGUCUCACGUUCUCAAUACUCCAGAAGGAUGCGAGAAACUAAAAACCUUAAACCUUUCACCGCGAACUCCUCCUCCACUGCCAAGCAACAAACCCAAGUUGUCCCAGAUAACAGAAAAACCAAUAGAAACCAAAGUGCCAAGAGAACAUGGCAAACCGGGACUGUUUGUGCCACCAGUGCUCCCGAAGCCACCCGUGCCAGGUCACCAGCAUCCUGUACUUAAACCUAGACCAGAGAAGCCUUCAUGUCCCCAAUUACAGAGAUCACCACCAGAUGGGCAGAGUUUUAGAAGCUUCUCAUUUGAAAAACCAGCACUGCCCUCCAAGCCAAGUCAAGCGAAUGAUGAUUCUGAUGAUGACUAUGAAAAAGUUGAGCUGCCUACUUCAAUAUUUGUUAAUACCUCUGAAUCCUUAGAAGUUGAAAGGAUAUUUAAAGCUAGUAGCCCAAAGGGACAGCCACAAAAUGGAUUAUACUGUAUUAGGAACUCAUCUACUAAGGCUGGAAAGGUAUUAGUUGUAUGGGAUCAAUCUGCUGAAAAAGUGAGAAACUACAGAAUAUUUGAGAAGGACUGUAAAUUCUACCUGGAUGCAGACAUCAUGUUUCUGAACAUGGGGAGUUUGGUUGAAUACUAUAGCACUCAUGUCCUACCUAGUCACGGCAGCCUGAUUCUUCGGUGUCCUUAUGGUUACUCUAAACCAAGCUGACAGGGCCGGCAUAAUUCACUGACACUGAGGAAAAAUGGGUUCUCUGCUGUCUUGGAAUUAAACGUGGACUUCUGCCACUGCUGGAUUUCCCGUUGCUUGCACACAAAACCUGAGUUUAUUUCAACCAUUUGUUUUCAUGUGAGCCAUAUCUCCACUUAAUGAACUCUUGGUAAAGUUUUGUAAUGCAGAUCAGUGGAUUUUGUGCCUUUCUCUCAGAAAGAUCUGAACAGACUGUUCUGUGAAGGCCAUCUGCGACACCUGCACCUUUUUUUGAAACUGCUGCUAUUACUGAUCUCCUUGGAAUGUGGAGAACAAUGUCCACAUGAACAAAGAAGUGUUGUGAAUACAACCAAAGCACAAGAGGGAAACUUCUGAAAAUACAUGAGAAUUCAUUUGUGGCAGGGAAUACUAAUAUUCUGACUUGAAGGUUUUUACUCCUUAAGUCAGGGCUGGUGCUGAACUUGUAUUACUUGUGUAGCUGAUGUGCAAAUAAUGAAGUCUUUUGUGCAAAUAAUUUGGUUUACUACAUGUAAAGAUGAUUGGGAAAUGCAACAUUUUCUAAGCCAAUUGACACAUAAAUGUGAUUUGUGAUUAAAAUGUCCACAGUAAUCAAUACUGGGGUACUGUCCAACAGAUAGGCAGUUAUGGCAUCAUAUGUAUUACUUAAGAACACUUCAAGUAGGUUAGGGUAAUGCUGAUUUGGUUUUAAUGGGAGUCCCAUUCCUUAUUUCCAAACCAGAAGGUUUUUUAAAACACAAGAAAAAGCUACAAUUAUUGUGAUGUUACAAUUAGUCUAUAAGAUGUUGUGGUCAAUUUGUGAGGAUCAGGUUGUCAGCCAAGUGCAUUCUCUUCUGUUUGGGUGCAAAGCACCCUGUUCUAGUCUACUUUUUGUAGAACUCUACUAAUUUUUUCAUUAUUAAAAUCUCUAUUAGAUCAAAGCAAAUGCAAUGCAAACGAGAUAAAAUUAGUUUUUAAUGUACCAUCAGCACUAUCAAUUAUAGGUGUUUGCAGGGUGCUUAUGUUUGUUCCCUAAUAUCAUGGGGAUAAAUAUCCUAAACACAAGGGCUUGGUGGUUCUGAAAUUGCCCUACUCCUGAAUUUUUGUAAAGAGAAAGCUAUUUUACUGACCUGCUAUAAUAACUUGGUUAAUGCAAAAGUACUGUCAAAUUAUUAUCUUUAAUAACGUUAAUGAGACUUAAUAAAAAAAAGAAUAAUUUGCUGUAAUUCUUGAAACAGGAGAAGCUAUCUGGUUGCUGUCAGUUUGAAUCCAUAAGUUUCCAAUCCAUAAGUUGAAUCCAUAAGAACAUAAAAGUUCCACUUUUCUGCUACCUUUACAGGGGCUAUACUUGCCAGGUUUAAUCUUAUUGUUAUUAAAUGGUCACAGCUUUAAGAACAUUAAAAUGUUACAGAAUAAGAAUUUUGUUUUAUGAAAACAGUAAAAUAGGAUUUAAUCCCUAAGGGAUUUUUCUUAAUAAGCUGUAAUAAUAGGACCUCACAUAGAGCCAGCAAUUCUUACCUUAAUUCCUUCAUUUUGUUUGAGACAGAUAUGCACAAUAUCAAUAUCUGCUUUCUGUUCCCACUGUAAUAAACAUUUUUGUGAGUGUAAAUUAAAGAAUGUGCAGUACUUAAAUUUCAGACUCUGUUGAAUAUCAGAUUUGUAAUUCCUUUUAUUUUAGGUAAGUAUGUCUGUGGUUCACUGAUCUGAUGUGAUCCACUCCACAAAGAAAGCUCAGCCAACAAUGCACUCAUAAAGAUGUUGGCUUUUUAGAUGUGUGUAUCUGUAUUUUAGGCAAGCUCUAUUUUUAUUUUUUUUUACAGUAUUUAUACAUACUGUUUACAGAGUAAAUUCUUCUCUCUCUAGGAAUAACUGACUCACUCCAUCAUGACAGUCAUGCUUACAAAUGUGCUAUGGGGCCAAAUUCAGGUAUUAAUUUUUUUAUUUUUGUUUGCAAAUAUACUCUCAAGACUUUUGAACUGUAAAAAUACCUGUGUAAUCCAGUACAUAUAAACCAUAACACUGUCUUUACCUGUAUAAGACACGCAAAUAUGUAAAUGUUAGUUUUCUUUUUGGACAAAUGUAUAUAUUUCUGCAGUGGAUAAACUUCCAAUGCCAACUC